CCCAACGGAUUCUUCCGUCAACGACAAGACACGCAGCCCGCCCACUGAUCUAACGACCCUUCCCGGAAUCCUCGGGCGAGUACGGCCACCAUACCUUUACUCGCCUCCACCGCCGUCGAUCCUGCCGCCAUCCGACCUCUCUUCCUCGUCGUCUUCUUCCUCUUGAGAACUUUCAACUCGCUCCCUCUGUCCUGUUCGUGUUUGCUGUGCUGUCUGCUCUUUCUCCUCUCCUUCCCUUCAAUUCAAACUUCAGCCGCCUCCGCGACUGACUUCCAAGAAAUGGAAGAAAUCCCUACUCCCCGGCUGCUCUGACGAAAGCCCCGCCUCCCACCAUGUCCGCCCUCAGCCUCUCCCUCCGUCUCCUCGUCCUGGGCUUCGCUCUGUCCCUCCUCAGCCCCCGGUCCUCCGCCCAGAACGACACCGCAUGCCCCCUCAACUUCACCAUCCUCAGCGACCUGAUGUCCGGCUCCUCGUCCCGCCCCGGCCUCGACUCCCCCACGGCCUGCCGCUACAUCCUCCAGGGCCUCCGCCUCGUCGAGUCUGCCCACCUCCGCCUCACCUCCUCCUUCCUCCCACCGCCUUCUGCUGCUGAGUCCUGCUGGUCGUCCUACCAGUCCCUUAUCGACACCCUCAUCCCGAACUUCGACAUCCGGUCGUCCUGCGGCUUCGAGACCUCGUGGAUCGCCGAUGGGUGCAUGAACAUCUCGACCCGUGCCCAGUUCGAAGCCUUAAUCUCCAAUUCGACACUCGACAACGUGGUCUCGAGCUGCAACCAGUCCCUGGAGAACAACUCCCCCUGUGCUUCUUGUACGACGAGCUUGUCCCUCCUCCAGGCUAAUUACCUGACGGGCCCUUCUGUGGGGAACGUGUCCGAUUGCACCGCGUAUGGCUCGAUUUAUGCCGCCGCGUUCGCCAACUACCUGGGCCCAGCUGACAAGGGCACUGCCAAAUGCCUGUUCUUGCUUGAUUUUACCAGCCCUGCCUCGAGCAGCCGGAAGAGGAAAAUUGUGAUCUUGGCGGUUCUCAUCAGUUGUGGAGUCGGGUUGUUGCUGGUUAUUCUUGGUGGUUUCUUGAUAUUGAGGAGGAGGAACGGUGGCUUGAGGAAGCGGACGAGGAGGGGGUUCGGGCGGGAGAGUGAAAUGGGCCUCGGACCGGAGCUUGACUCCAUCAAGGACAGCACCACAUUGGUCCCAUACACAUUUGAGGACAUCAAGAAGGCGACUCGGAACUUCUCCAGGGACAAUAUUAUUGGGAGGGGCGGGUACGGGAAUGUCUACAGAGGUUUCCUAGAUGGGACUGAAGUUGCCCUUAAGAGGUUUAAGAACUGUUCCGCUGCAGGGGAUGUGAAUUUCGCACACGAGGUCCAAGUUAUUGCUAGUGUUAGGCAUGUGAAUCUCGUAGCCCUCAGAGGAUACUGUAUCGCCACGACACAGUUCGAGGGUCACCAGAGGAUCAUUGUCUGCGAUUUGAUGCGGAAUGGGAGUCUGUAUGAUCACCUGUUCGGACCAUCAGACAGGAAGCUCAGCUGGCCCCUUAGGCAGAAGAUUGCACUUGGGACAGCAAGGGGGCUAGCCUACUUGCAUCACGGGGCCCAGCAUAUGAUCAUCCACCGGGACAUCAAGGCGAGCAACAUUCUGUUGGACGAGAGAUUCGAGGCCAAAGUGGCUGAUUUUGGGCUUGCCAAAUUCACCCCCGAGGGCAUGACACAUUUGAGCACUCGGGUUGCAGGCACAAUGGGAUAUGUUGCGCCUGAAUAUGCCCUAUACGGGCAAUUGACGGAGAGGAGUGACGUGUACAGCUUUGGAGUUGUGCUGCUUGAGCUUCUGAGUGGGAAGAAGGCCCUCCUCGUAAGCAGCGAGGAGAAUCAGCAUUCCCUUGUAACUGAUUGGGCUUGGUCGUUAGUUAGGGAAGGGAGGGCUCUAGAUGUUAUUGAGGAUGGAAUACCCGAGUUGGGGCCGCCAGAGGUAUUGGAGAAGUAUGUUCUGGUAGCAGUUUUAUGCUCGCACCCUCAGUUGUACGCGAGGCCAACAAUGGACCAGGUUGUUAAGAUGUUGGAGACGGAUCUGACUGUCCCCUCAAUUCCCGAGCGUCCUAUCCCCCUCGUGGCUAAUAUUGAUGAUAUCGAGAGGUCAGUCAGUAGUACUGAGUCUGGGCAGUUAUCUACACCUCGAGGGUUCCAGUCCUACACGGUGGAAGGGAAGAGACAAUUGGAUGGCAGAGAGAAAAUCAAAGACUCAAGUACGAGUCGAUCUAGUCAAGAGUUUCUAUGAUCACUGUGAGGUUUAUCCUAAGCUGCAGCUCAGUUCAUACAUUGAUCACCUUUCCUACUGUAAAGUAUACACGGUAUAUUUAUCCAAAAAAAAGAGUAUACACGGUAUAGGAUAGUUCUUUUUUUUUAUGGUUUAAUUAUUUGUUUUGUUGACAAAUAGAUAGAUUUGUGCAGAAAACGAUUAUCAAUUUUCGAUAGGUGGAGCGAGAGAGUGAUCGAUUGAAUUGAUUUGCAGAAGAUAUUGCGUCAUUGUACAUUAUCUUCAUGUUUUGGAAUGGAACCAAAGCGUCUGAGAGAAAUCACCUUUUGAGUUCAAUA